CGACGUCGGCAUCCUUCUUUUGUUUACGUUUUCCAUCAUCGUCGUCCACCCGCGAACGAACGGCCCAUCAUCAUCAUUUUUGCGUGGCUUUUGAACAGGUGUGAUGUGCGAUUAGUGCGGAGCUGAGUGCGGAGUGUUCGUCGCGUUUUAACUGCGUGUUUUGAUACAUUAUUUUGCGUUUCGGUGAUCAAUUAUACUCGGCGUGCGGUUACAAAUUGUCCAGCAAUAACGAAAAUAACACCGGGGAAUACGAAAAGGAACGUAAAUCCAUAUCGGUAGGUGACAAAACCGAAAGUUCGGUGUUUCCCGUAUUUCGCUUUUUCGGGAAGGCCGUCGUUGACGCGACGCAGUGCAACACAACAGACGAAGUGCGCGACAGCAGAGCAGCGUGCAGUAGUCGGCAGUGAGCGAGUGCGGUGUUGGUGCAGUAGCGGUCUCGGUCUCGUGUCAGUGUCCUUCAAAAGGAAAUCGGAAGGAAAUUUUCACUUUGCGCAAAUAUAGACCAGAAAAUUAUUGUUUUCCUUGACGCAAUUGCGAGUGAGCGGUGUGUGAAUCAGUGACUGGGAAAAGUUCUUUGUUCCCUCAAACAUUUGGGGUUGUUGUGUUGAAACUGGUUCGGAUGGUGAUAAUUGAAUAAAAUCCUUAUCAGCAGCAAUAAUAAGUCCGCGGGCGUUCGGCUUCGUAAGUAAUCCUCCUAUACGAAAAGUCCAACUGAUAAAAGUAACUCGAAGCUUUUUGAAUUGCCGUCUAUACCGAGCAGAUGCUAUACAUGUUUACUAUACCAAGUAAAGAGUGAAAUCAAAACAAUCUUGUUGUGGUUGUUCGGUUUGAAGAGAAAAAUAAUACAGACUUAAGCAAAAUCGCUAAUCGUAUUCCGAGUUGAUUAGCAUCCAGCCAGCACGGAGUCUCGUGAGUGUCGUCCUCGUGAUCUACGCGAAGCAACAUGUUAACAACAACAAGUCGUAGAAGAAAAUCAAUAGCCGCCUGGAAGGGGUGGCAGCAGAGGCCGCUAUCAAUAAUGGUAGACUCAUCCUUUCGCAAAAUCGACGGUCGCUGCAACCGGUGGAUAAUGAUGAUGAUCGUGACCGUGACGGUGCUGGUAGCAACAUAUCCUGUUGGGACGGAGGCAAACAGUUUGCUCCUGACCGGCAAAAACUGCAUCGUAACGGAACCCCUAUACAACAUCACCUUCAACCCGACGUCGCUCGAUUCGGAACUGGCCCAUCACGUCAAGUCGGACAUCAACGAGCAGUUCCUGUUCGACGUUUGCGAUCACCUGAAAAAUCCUUGCAACGGCAUUUCCGGCGGCGCUGCAUGUCUGAAACGGAACAACAACACUCAGGUGCUGCUAGGAAGGGAUUCCAAACUGCAGUUAACCGACGGUCGGCUUCAUUUCAACUUCACCGGUGGAGAACCGUGCCGGAAUGAUAGGAACUACUCGCUCGAUAUCAUUUUGAUGUGCAGCUAUGAGUCGGUGCAGGAGCCGUUGAGUGUGAUUCCGUACUCGGCGGACCAGUGUGGUUACUUCAUGUUCUGGACGACGAAUCUGGCGUGCGCUCCGUUGCCGGAUCGGGUCAAGGCGAACGAGUGCGCCGUCAAAGAUGAAUCCGGAUAUACGUUCAAUCUGCUUCCGCUCAGUCACCUGCGGUAUCACGUUGCGGAUCGCAAUGGGUCGCACUUUUUUGUCACGGCGUGCAAGCCGGUCCAUUACGGGCAUAUGACCAUGUGCCCACCGGGGAGUAGCGUCUGUUUCGUGAACAACACCGAAACGGACUACCGGAAGCGCUACCACGACUACGGCCAAACGGAUCCGAACCCGACGAUCGAGAACGGAAAACUGGUGAUGAAUAUGGUUUCCAGCGAGGGAACUUGUCAGAAUGCAAAGAUCAUUUUUGAAUGUGAUCAAACGGCCGAGGAAGAAGCACCGGAAUAUGUGGCGAAGGAGGGAUGUGUCCACUUGUUCGAAUGGCGGACGCCGUUGGCUUGCAAGGAGAAGAAAUUCUGCGCCGUGGUCGAUCCCAGCAGUGGGAUACUGUUCAAUAUGAGCUCGCUGGCUGGGAAGAGCUACAUCGUGAAGGAAGGGGACAAGUCGUACGAGUUCGGGAUUUGCAAAAUGGACAAGAGUCGGUGUGGAGAAAAAUCUGGAGCAUGCGAGUUGACCAAGGACAACUCGGAAGUCGUUGAUUUGGGCAAAAUGGACGAAAAUUUGCUCUACAACAUAACUGGCGCUCCCUACCUGCUAUACAAAUCGGGCUCCAUCUGCAAGCAGCCAAACCAGAGAUGGUCCACCAAGAUCGAGUUCAUCUGCGAAACGGAUAAGGGUGCCAAAUCUGAACCGAAACUAGUGGAGAACAACAACUGUGAGGUUUUCAUCCAGAUGGAAACGGAACUGGCAUGUGCGAAACCUAUCUCGUGCAUCGCUACGAACCUUUCCGAUGAUCGGCAAAUCGACUUGAGUGCGUUAACCUCCGCAGAAUUCAACUACGAAGCCCGUGUGAACGAAACCCUGGCCAUUGCCAAGGACAAGAAGUUUUUCCUGAACGUCUGCCGGCCGUUGCUUUCGAUCUACGGGCUGGGUUGCCCCGGCGGAUCGGCUGCUUGCAUGGCCAUGCAGAGCGCCAACGAUCCAACCCCGCGGGAAGAACUAUCCAUGGGCUAUCCGGAUGUUUCGUUGAUCAUCGUCCGGGAUCGCGUUCAGUUGAAAUACCUGCGGGGAAGUGCUUGCCCUCAGGACAAGGAUACGCAGCUCUCGUCCGAGAUUGAGUUCUACUGUCAGCCGAAAGCCGGCCGCGGUGUGCCGAUCCUGCAGGAAGUGAUGCACGACUGCCACUAUCGGUUCGAGUGGGCCACCAAUGUUAUGUGCCCGCAGUAUACGGCGAAGUUUCACGAGAAAACGUGCUCAAUCGUGAGCAACGAUACGGACACUGCGCUGGAUUUGAAGAAGAUUUUCCCCGAUGGGGUGUUGGUGGUCAAUGCGAGCAAAAAUAGUGCCUCGUCGGAGCUUCGCGAUGGAAAGGUGCACUUGUGCACGAAGAAUAUUACGGCCGUGGUCGAUUACCGCGAGCGAGCGGUGAAGAUGUUCUUUGCCGUUGCGGAUGCGAGCUGCGAGGGAACUGCAGGAAACAUCAACGUCAAUUUGAAAUUGGAAUGCGGGAAUUCGAGUAGCUUCACCACAAACGAGGUAUGUACUAAAUUUGGAAUACUUCAGUUGAACAGGUAAGGUAGUCUGAGCGGUAUCAGGCUGACUGAACAGUUUCGCACAAUUGUCCCGCUGACGUUGUGUCCUAGUGGACAAAAGAGCUUUAAAUUAAGAUCUAAGCAAACUAAGCAGGAAAUAAUAAUGUUUAGGUUGAAAACCAGAGGUGUCCCUCGGCGGAACAUCUGGAAUGGCUUUAUCAGUUGAUAUAGACUUUAGCUUAUCUUUUUUGGCUCAUUUUUUUCGAAGUCAGCCUCAAAGAGGCUCCGGUGGAACCAGUUCCAUAUUUUUCGAAGUAGUUUACAUAGACCGUCUAUCUUUUCUGAUCUAUUCCCUCGAAAUCAUGGAGAUUGAUAUGUCGCACGACAUGUUUUAGUUGAACACAAGUGUCCACAUAAAAUAGGCCCCGGUAGAACCUGUUCCAAAUGUUCCGGAGUGGCCAUACCUGUUGAUAAAGACUUCAGUCUAUCCUUUCUGGUUUAUGCUCUCAAAAUCAUGAAGGUUGAUACGUCGCAUGGCAUGUUUUGGUUUAAAACCAGAAGUGUCCACAAUGAGGCCCCCGUGGAACCUGUCACGAUAAUCCAGAUAAACUCACCAAUCACACUGUAGCAUUUGUGCUUUAUUGUUCUCAAGACAUCUGCCAGAAACUCGAUAAUGCAAAUGCAAAACACACGAAACAAUCACUUUUGUCUAUUUUGGCACUCCCCUGUCCCAAUAUAAUCCGGAAUAUCUGCGGAAUGAUUUCGGGUAAUGCAUGACCAUUUGGGUAUAAUAAGUUUGCACCAAUUUAUGACCGAUUGAGGUUGGUGCAGGGUAAAGGGCGUCCCGACAGGUUUCAUUGGCGUUUCAAUGGAAUCACGGGGACUUCAGGGGCGUUUCAUUAGUAUUAUUGGGGUUUCAGGGACGUUUCAAGGGACUUUGAAGGAGAUUAAAGGGGCGGAUCUCAGGAGCAAUUGAAGGGCGUUACAAGGGGUUUCAGGGGCGUUUCAAGACAUUUCAGAGAGUUAUAAGGGGUUUCAUAAGCGUUUUAGGAUGUUCCGAGAGGGUUUGGGGGCGCUUGAUAGCAUUUCAGAGGCGGUACACGGGGGUUUUCAAGGCGUCCAAAGGGAUUUCAUGGUAAUUUCAAAUUGAUUACGGAGAUUUAAAGGAUAUUUAAAUGGUAUUAUGGAGGAGGAGAUGUGGAUUAUUCAGUGGUGUUUCAAGGUAUUCCAGUGGUCUUCCAUGGGAUUUAAAAGGUUCUUGAGAAGCGAUCUCUGGAGCUUCAGAGCAUUCAGGGAUAUUUAAAGCGAUUAUGGGGAUUUUAGUAGCGUUUCAAUAGUAUGAAGCGCCCAGAGAUACUCGAGAACCUCUUGAAACCCUGUGAGACCUCUUGAAAUUACGCUGAAAUCUGAGUAACUCUAAGUAAAUUCUAAGUAACUCUAAGUAAACUCUAAGUAACUCUCAUCCUUGAAGCUCCCUGGAGCCCUCUAAAACCCUUUGUGACCCCAUGGAACACCCCUGAGACCUCCACAAACACCCGUCAGUCCCCUGAAAUCUCCCUGAAUGUCCUUGGGACCCCAUGAAACCCCUGAAAUUAUCCUGUGACCUCUUGAAGCGCCCUUGACAUCUCUUGGUAUCCCCUGGAGCCUCUCCAUAAAUUUUGUAUACUCUUAGGGUUGAGGAGGGGAGUUGGGGUUGUUUUUGGCCAAUGUCUACGGUUCAUACAAAUUUCGGAAAUUUUGCAUUGAUAAAAGUAGAUAGUAGAUGUCUUUAUUAAAGAGAUUUUCACUAUUAGGUCUCGACAAAAGAAUUUCAGUCGAUACCAAGAUAUCUUAAUGACAAACAUGUUACUGAGAUAACUUGUGUACAUCCCAGCAAAAGGGUAUAGCACAAUAGUCCUAAAAUGUGGACGCAGUGAUCUUCACCCGACAAACGAGAGAAAGAUCCUUUGAAGCGUCCCUGAAAACUACUGGAACGCCUAUGAGACCCCUUGGAACGUCCCUAAGAUCCCCUGAAGUAUCCCUGAAACUCCUUGAUACCCCGUGAAACACCCCUGAGGCCUUCAAAAUCCAGAAUGAAAACCCCCUGACUGCCCUGCAACACUCCUGCGACCUCCAGGUACCUCCCUAAAAUGCCCUUGGGACUCCCUGAAACGCCCUGAGGCCCUCGAAGCACCCCUGAGAUCUUCUGAGGCUCACUGACGUCCCCAGAGACUCUCUUUUUUGUGGAAUGAGGAAAUCUGUUGGUUGGCAACUAUGUUGACGACGACUGUUUUGAAGACUUUCGAAUAGUUUUGGCUUUUUAGUCUUUUCGGGGUCAAAAACAAAUAAAUGUUUUCUUUUUCCAACGUUUCGAUCCUUAUUGGAUCUUCCUCAGGGGAUCUGUAGUUUAUUAUAGUCAUUUUCAUUGGUUUUAACACAUUUAACUGGUUUGUUGCGACGUUUUCCAAUGUAUUUUGGUGAAACUGGCAACUAUAUUAUCUAAUAGGAAUUAAGUGUACUGGAAUUGUAAUAAGAUUUAGUGUUAAGUUGUGCGUCGAGUGAGAGAGUUCGGUAGUGAUUAAGAAACUAUCAUGUAAGUAAAAACACGUUGUACAACUAUUGAAAUUUAUUGUAUUUAAUAUAGCAUUGAAGCUACCGUAAAAAGUUGCUUUCGAUAUGUGUAUCGAUCCGGGGGAAAACUCGCGCCAACAUGGUUUUUACACAUUAACUACACCCCUGAGGCCACCUGGAGCCCUCUGGAAUCCCCUUAAUCCCUCUGAGACGCUCCAAGACUUAAUUUAACGCCUCUGAGAUCUUCUGGUACUCCCAGAAACUAAACUGGCAUUUCCUAGCUCCCCUGAAGCUACCUGAAGCGACCCAGAAACUCCCUGUAACGGCAUAAAACCCUCUGGAACUCUUCUAUAAGCCCUUUGAAGCGACCCGGAGGCCAUUUGGAACACCUCUUUGAACCUCCGAAGCCCCUUGAGACUGUCUUAAACACCCCUGAGACCUCCUAGUAGUACCUCCUAAAUUCCCUUGGGAUCCCUGAAACGUCUCGAUAACCACGUUUUGCUCUUCUCUGUAGAUGUACCCUGGCUGCCGUGGCCUUACCAUCAUUAUUAGAUCAUCUUAUGCACAAUAUUGGUACUGAAUAGCUUUUCCACUUUUUAUGCAGUGCAUUUAGACAUUUUAGUGUGUAUAUACAUUAGAGUUUCUCAUGGCAAGAGUAAUAUUUCCAGUUGUUAAUUAAAGAACCAAUGAUUUCGCGAUUCCAUUAUGAUUGUAUUAUGUAUAAUGUGCUGUUAGUGUUUUCUAAAUGAUUUUGGAACGAUCUCACCAAUAAAUAUAUUUUAAAUAUUCACCGGUGUAUACCAUCGACGCGAACAAAACAGCCUCCAAAUCAUAAAAUGAAAUACAAAAUAAAUAAUAUGUAGAUUUGAUAGCAAACUAUGGAAAAGUUCGUAUCAAUUCUCUUUAAAUUUGUAACGUUUUCACAAAUCAAAACAUUCCUCCAUCAUAUUUCACUGCAGCUCGUUACUCGUUCCACUCACAACCCACCUUCUUAAUCCGAGGCAAUCAACUUUGACAAACAUGUUGCGUCUGUCAUUCUUUUUUCUUCUCAUUGCUGUUCCAAUAAACGUUGUCGAGAAAAAAAAAAUCUGCAAGACAGCAACAAUGCAAUGUAACGACUUGUCACCGGUUGGAAUCAAAAUUUCCAUUCCGUGCCUUAGCAGCAGCAACAACAGCAGAUUUAACCUCGAGGCGAAAAGGAAAUUAAGAACAGAAUUUUCCAAAUUGCUUACACAGAGAAAAAAAAUAAUAUGCACACCUAAACAGAAACUAGAUCUUUCAGAAUUUGAAAUAAGUAUAUUGUUUGUAGUAUUUCGCAGCUUUUCGUUUUGAUGGCCUUGUUAGAAAAAGCAGCAAUAUCCUAAUUUCAGUUGGAAUAGUGUAUACACGGCAUAGACAUAGUCGUUCAAUAUGGAGCGGACCUAGUGUGAUGGUUAAAGCACGUGACUGUCACGCUGAGAACCUGGAAUCGAAUCCCGCUCUAUUUUACUUAUCGGAAGCUGUAUUAUCUUUUUUAUACGGACUGUCAAUAUCCAUAGUAACAAACAUGCUCUACUUAAGUUUGUGUAGCUCUAAUAUGUCAUUUAUGAAUUAUAUAAGAGUUACAAACUCCUUUUAGAGCAUGUGCGCUGAACUUACGGUAAUGUUUUGCUUUUUUUUUUACUAAAUUCUAUUCGAACGAUGUGAUCUUUAGUGCAAUGACUGGAAAUGACCUGCUACGUGUCCGAUUCCCGCUCCAGUCGUUGAAAAUAACUAUCCAGCAAAUGUGUGUGCAUUCUAUAUAAACACAAACAAUUUUAGGAAAUGUGUUAUUUUUUCACGAUUUUUUUUUGUUUUUUUUUUUCUGUGCUCCAAUCUGUGUAAGCACCACCACCGUUGGCAACGAGUGACGAGUUGUUCCUGCCGUUGACAUUCUGCACAAAUUGGAAAGAAAUUUGCAAAGCGUCGUCAUCGCGUUGGACCGAAGUUUACUCUGCUCGACUGUGUCUGUCUGGUGGAUAAUGGUGGAUUAAGAAAGGUAUUAAACUCACUAGAUAUAGUUUGAUUGAGCUCCCGUAGUUACUACUCCAGUAACUUUAGAUCAACUGGCUGUUGGUUGAAUAGCUGUUUGGCAGAGGUUCACUUUGAUGCGUGGAUUGCCGCAGCAAACCGUUUACCAGAAAAAAAAGUCAUCCCUCGUCGGAAGUGGAUUGAUUAAAGAAGUUUUCCAUCCAAAGCAGACAGUUUCCGAUUUGAUUAAAAUUAACAUCCGUUACAGAUGACUCCCCGUUUCCCGACGAGUUUGGCUCGUCAUCGCUUUAUGCUUCUUUCCUGCCCAGAGCGAAAUCGAGAGAGAGAUAGAGAAAAUGCAAACUCCAGUCUGUCUAGUCAAAACAAAUUUCGUUUCGAGGGUCUAGCUCCGGCAGGAGGAUCCAACAGUUUGGAUUGGGAUUGGUGUGAUUUUUUUUUCUUACGGAUUACUUGCAAGACAGCUCUCUAUGUUGGGGUGGAAACCGGUCCGUCGCUUGACGGGAAAUUGAUUUGGAUGGAUUCGUGGUGAUAAGAAGUUUUGGUUCGAUUAUGAAAGAAAAAGAAAGCUGACGACUGAUGAUGGAUUUUUUUUCCGAAAUCGUCGAAUCACUUCUGGGAGGAAGAAAAUUGGAAAACAAUCUCAUCGUCUUCGGCGAGCGAUGAUGGAACGACGAUGAUUGGUUCCCAUCUGUGAAAAUGGAACUCAUUCUGAGAUAAAGACGAUUGAGUUCCAUUUUGCUGGGUGGUGAUUGAGACAGUUGACAGGAUUUGACAGGGUUGACAGAAUUGACAGAAAUUCACUAUGUUGGUAGUUCACUGUGCCAUAACAUUUUAAAGUCACGAGAAAUUCCCGAGUCGUUGAAAAAAUAUCACCGCUCCGCUAUCAUAUCUCAUCUCCGUUCCAAACAGCUGGGAAUUAUUUAUUGGGCCCCAUCGGUCGGUUGAACAUUAUUUAUUUAGCGACGCCGCCGUCGCUCGAUGACUGGAUGUGCGUGCCGAAGCGUAAUUUUCGCCGCUGGGCCCGAAAGAAAAUAAAUGCCGGUUUUAUUUUCGUUCGGUGUUUCGUCGCUGCCGUCGUCAUCUCUCCGUGGAAUCUACAACAAUCGAACGCAAAUGGCACUUUUUCACGCCACAAAGCGAUCCGGUCCGGAUGAAGAAACGGAGGGGAAUCGAUUUUCCCUAAUUCAAUCCAACAACGAGGGCUCUCUAACAGCACAAAAGCCACGACAAUAGAUGGUGCUUCAAACAACGCAGCGCGCUGAUCCGGCUAAUUUACAACAUCCAUUUCUGUUUCACACUUAAUUUAUUUCGCCGAGGCCGGCAAAAUAAAUCGCCGAGAAUCCAACAGCUGAGUGCUCGGUAAAAAUCUCGGUAAAAGUUCAAAUUGCCGACUAGGCUGCAAACUUGAUAAACAUCAACUGUCAAAAUUUAACGAGUGGCUCGGUAAUACAUUGCCGAAAAUUUCGGCAUACAUUAUUACCGAAAUUCAGUAAAUGUUUGUUUUCUUUCGUGGUUUUCAAUAAGAAAAAGUAAAAUAAAACAAAAAAAUAUAAUUAGGUUAAAAAAUUUAUUCAGAGAUGAACCAGCCUAAGGCAGGAAACCUCUUUAAUAACAAAAAAAUAGUAAAAAUACAACUUCACACUUCCCCCGGGGUCUCUUUCUCCCAAUCCUCCCUAAACACGCUCGCGGAUGUGCCGGGCAAGCUGGAUAUCCAUCGGCAUGAUUGUGACGCGCAUGAUGUGGGUCGCGCACAGAUUGGUGUCCUCGAACAAUCUGAUCAGGUACGUUUCGCUGGCUUCCUGCAGGGCAGCAGCGGUGGCACUUUGGAAGCGCAGAUCUAUCUUGAAAUCCUGCGCAAUUUAACGCACCACUGGAGCGGCAACUUGCGGAUCAGCAACUCGGUGGACUUUCAGAAGUGACGAAUUUCCCGCGGAGCUACCGUUCCCGGCCGGUAACAAAGCGGCCUGCUUCAUGACGAUCGAAGUAGCGUCCCGACAGCAACCAAACAGGCACCAGAAAACAUUCCUCCUUCAACGCUCCUUCUCCAAACCAACGAGCUGAAAAGAUAAUUAAGAAAGGAUCUUUAUUGAAUAUUCAUAUAAGAUGCAUAUUUACACAGCGUUAGCUUAAAGCGAAUUAAAUUGCUUACUUACGUGAUAAAAAUGCCAUCGAUGUUUGCUUAAAAAAUCCUUCUACCAUUUUUUUGGAGAUGGCACCCAGACGACAACGUGUCCGUUUUCAUUUUUGACAGAUGCGCUUUACCGAAAUUCAGUGACAUGAUUAAAUUGCCGAUUGCUGUGGCAAAAAAGUUUGCCGAAAAUCAGUAAUGAACGUAUAUUACCGAAUUUCGUUAUUUUUGACAAGUUAUUUUUGAUGAACUGUCAAAUUUCAACGACAUUUCAGUUAAAAUGUGCUUUACCGAUUGAGUUCGUUAUUCGUAUUUACCGAGAUCAAAUUUGGAGUUUAAGUGUGUUCCCCUGUUGUUGAUGGAUACAGCUUGGAGAUAAAAUGUCCAGUCGAAGAUUACCGAAGUCCACGGCAGUUGAUGGACGUUGUGUUCUUUUGUUUAAACAAUAUCUACCUAGUCGUCGAAGUGACGUUUGUAUAGCGUGAUGACGACGAUCGAGUUGCCAGAUGCGACGAUGCUGGCCGAUGUUUCGAUUCGAUGAAUCCACGUGAAAUGCAAUAACAGUUUUCUAGGAAGUGCUAUACUUGUUUGCUUCUUGACAAACACUCAGGGCCUAACUCGAGGACAAGCAUAGGAAACACUCACUCAAUUGUAACGUUUCGCGAACUCGCUUCAUCCGCAGCCCGCAUUCAACAAGCACAUUCUUUCCACUCGUAAACAAAUUGAACCUUGUUAAAUGUUAUUCGAGACGGUCGGAAAAUUCAUUAUCUGUGAAAUAAUUCUAGAUUGAGUUUAAAUAAGGGCGAAAGUAACAUGAGAGAGUUCUCUUCAUCGACUCUCUCUUCUGCAAAUUAAAGUGAAAAGAUGCAAAUUCAAUCGAACUUUUUUACACUUAGACGCUAGAUUGCAUCGCAACCUAGCGAUUUAUGACCAAAAAGUGAAACCAUACUUGCAUCAUGUCACUUUAAUUUGAAGAGGAGAGAGUCGAUGAAGAGAACUCUCUCAUGUUACUUUCGCCCUUAUUUAAACUCAAUCUAGAAUUGAUCCUUUUUUGAUAAAAACAGUGGAAAAAUCUCGAAUAACAUUUUACAAUGUCCCAUAUAUUUUUUUGAUUACCUAUUUGAACUUGCUGUAACUCAAGUAUGGUUGAAUCCAGGAAAAAAAUGUGUACCGUUUUUUUUUUAUUGGAACUUGUAUGUAUAAUCAAUUUUGAUAUUAAAAAUCUUGAAAAAAAUUUUCCAUUUGCUUGUUUUCAAAAUCGAUAGAAAAUUAAAAAUUAGAGAAAAAAAUAGUUGCAUUUGACCAUCUUGGGCUUCUGGCAAAUACUGGAAGCCAGAAAAAUAAAAAUAAAAGUCGAAGGGUAUGGUUAAGGGAAAUAUGAAAUUAUAUUACAUCUAACAUAGAUCCGCAAUGAAUAUUACUCUCAGGGUAUUUUUCUCAAAAGUCCUUUCUAUAUCCUAAAAGUUUUCAAGUCUAAUUGUACAUAUUCCCGGAAGAGUUUCUUGAGGAUUUCUUGAAACACAUGUUUAGAGACAGAAUUUUGACAGAAUUUUAGAAAAAAAUAUUAUGGACGAAAUUCUGACCAUGCAUUUGUAUAACUCACAAAUAAAGAACAUAACGCCUUCGAAAUUUAAAUAUAUCCACGAACGUAAUAUUGAAACAAUUUCUGUAGGCAAACUUGCGGGGGAUUUUUUGAGGAACUCUAGGAUAAGUUUUAAGUGUCCUUCUAAUGAGAAAAUUUUAUGAAAUUAAAUUUUAUGAUCUUUUCCGAUUUUCUUGGAUGUUUUCUAGAAUAAUUCGUACAGUUUCUUACCGGUUUUGGAAACACCCGUUUUUGUCUACUCCCGAUUUUGGCAACAUUUCCAUCCCGAUUUUGGCAACACCCAUUUUUGGCAACAAUUUCUUACCGAUUUGGGCAACACCCGAUUUUGGCAACAUUUUUUUUACCGAUUUUGGCAACAAAAAAAAUUUUUACCGAAAAAUCGUUUGUAUUUGUAAAUGUAUUUAUAUUUUAGCCUAACUUUUCUUAAAAAAUCAAAAUUCAUUAAAUUUUCCAAAAUUUACAAUUUUACAAAUCAUGACGUAAUUUAUGAACGUAAGCUACAGGGAUCGUUUUAUAGCUUGUGAAUGGUCCAUAUUUAUAAUAUAAGCCAAAUUGACACUUAAAAAUUGAAAAUAAUCCACAAAAUUUUUUUACCGAUUUUGGCAACAUAAAAUUCACUUCGUGUUGCCAAAAUCGGUAAGAACUUCACUAAAGAAGUGAAAUUUUUGAUGAAUUUACUGAAAAAUUUCCGAAAAUUUUUAAAAGAUUAGACAAUAUUCCGAAUUUAAAACUUUGCAAAUUUUCUCAAAAUAAUAGAUUUGUAAUAAGUUUUAAAAUUUUGCGCGGAAUAGUCUAAUUUCUUAACAAGUUAAACUUCAAGUUAUCAAGAGUGCUCAAUCAAAAUUUGAAGUUUAUCUGUUCACUGGAAGCUGAAAUUUUAAGCUUCAAAGUUGGUAAUUUUGUAUGAAAAUUGGCCAAUGCGUACUUCAUUCAGUCCAGUACUGUAUUAAGAAUUCCAUAAAUUCCAGCGUUUAGAAAACAAAGGGUUACAAAAAAUAUUGUAUCAUUAAUUUUGAUGAAAUUGCAUGGACGCUUGCCUAUCUAAUUUCUUAAAAUUUAGAUGUUUUAUAAAAAAAAAACAAAUCAUGGAAGAAUUUCUGCCUAAAAACUGCCAAAGAGAACUUGCGCCAAAAAUCUGAAAAAAUAGAGUUUUUCAGAUCCAUACAGUACAUUCCGGAAUUUUCUUUAUUGCAGGAUAAAUUCUUGCAUCGUUUAUUAUUGAUUACGUGUAAAAGAAAUAUUUGUGCAAAAUCAUAAAAAAACAGACUAGACGAGAAAUUAAAAAAAGUUUAGUGUCGAAUUAGCAAAAGGUUAAAAUACACGUUAAUAGAAACAAAAAAAAAAGUUUGUGAAAAAUAAAAAUAUAAUAUAAUUUUUUUCAGAUUUGUAAAGGGUGUCCACGAUGAAAUUGGCACACAGAAAAUAUUGCAUAACUUUUGAUUGCGUUCGCCAAAAUAGCUAUUUUUUCGACCAUGAAUAGUAUAUUAUGUGUAGCUAAUAUAAUACCAUAAAAUUUUCAUUAAAAUCGGUUGAAUAUUGGCGCAGAUAGCUAUUUUGGCGAACGCAAUCAAAAGUUAUACAAUAUUUUCUGUGUGCCAAUUUCAUCGUGGACGCCCUUUAUCAGUUUUUUCAAAACAUUUCAGUGGAUAUGCAUGAAUUUUGUUUGGAUGAUUUGGAUUCGCACAAGUUGAGACUUUUGAAGGUAUAACUGAACAUUUGUAGGAAUAGUUGACCGUAACCUUGGAGUUCUGGCGAUAACUGAAGGAUUCCUGAAAAAUAUUGCAAAGAAAUUGUUGGUAAAAUGCAUUACAGAGUUUAGGAAAAAAAUCAUUGGUGAAAGUUUUGACUUGAUUCGUAGGGUUUGUAACAAAAUUUUGGAUAUUUUUGAAUCAAGUUAACGAUGGCCGAGAUUUGAGGCAUUCAAUAAUGAAUUUUGAAAAACCUCUUUUUGUUUUUUUUUUUAUAUUUUUUUAGGAGAUACUUGCUAAGUCAUGAAAGUCAUUCUGUAGUGGAAUUUCUUUAUUAGUUCUAUUGAAUCUUUACAGGUUAUUCGGCCAGAAAUGCAAAUAUUUUCAUUAGAACAUUAAAGAAUUCUGCUAGACACCAUAACAAUUGCAAUAUAAAUUAAAAAAAAAAAAAAAAAAAACGAGAUGCUAAGCUUUUCACUGCCAUACAGAUUUUAAAAAUACAAGAUUUCAGAAAGCAUUUCAAGAAUUUUUUACCAAUUUAGUUAUUAUUUCGAUAGACGUUCGAUAGAUGUUUUGAGAACCGCAUGUGAGGUUUGUAGGUAAUACUUUUUAAUAAUAAAGUUCACUGGAAAUUCCAGCAAUUAGAAAUUCCAAGUAAAUAUUGUACAGUAAGUUUUCUUAUUUAUACCAGCUUCAUUGUGAAUUCUAGGAGUUUUAACCGUUAGUGGUCGGCAAACUUUUUGCUUUUUUCUACACCGUGUAUUUUAAAUGGGUGCUGGGUACCCGGGUACCCUGCCGGCCACAUAAGGGUUAAAGUAGAUUCGAGGUAUUUUAAAGGAAUUUUGUACGCUUCAUGGCCGUGCGGAUAGCAGCGUCAGUUGUGUAGGCGUUCCGUAAACCUUUUCGUAAAUUCCGUAAACUUUUCGUUAAUUUUCAUCACUGGGUCACUAGGCUUUCUAUGUGUUGUCCUUUGUUUGUAAUGUGUUCAGUCUGUGCAGCCUUAGGCUAAAGGUGGCGUGAAUUGUCUUUAUUUAACUCACAGGAAAUUUUCAAGCAUUAUUGUGAUUUUUUUUCAAGUUUCUUUAGAAACUUUGAAAGUAUUCCUAAAAUAUCUAAGUCAUCAUAAGAAUUUUAUUGGACAUUCCAAGAACUUCAAUAGAGAUCUGAGUUAUUUUACUAAAAAAUACCUGAAAUUUUACUAGAAACCCUGAUAGUUUUACUUGAAAUUCCGAAAGUUUUGCAAAAAUUUCCAUGAAUUUCCAAGAGCUUCAGUAAACAUUUUAAGAGAGAAAUUUCUUAGAAUUGCUCAGGAAAUUCCAAGAAUUUAUCGGUGCAUUCACAUAGUUUCGCUAGAAAUUAUAAGACUGUUACGUAAUUCCAAGAAUUAGGCAGCAAUUUUGGUAAUUAAGAAUAGCAAAAUUCAAGAAUUUCAUAAAUUAUUCACAUUUUUUUUUAGAAAUCCAAAGAAUUUCUCUUGAAAUUUUAAGAAUGCCAUCCAAUAAUUUCACAAAAUUUCCUCAAAUAUCUAAACGAAAUACCAGAUGCUUAUAAUUAAAGAAAAAACUUCAUUAGUAAACCUUAAAGAAAUAUUGAAAAUUCUUGGGUUUUCACUAAUUAUUCCAAGAUUUACAAGAUUUUUCAAUGCCAAGAAAACUAUCAAAAUUCUUGGAAUCACACUGUAAAUUCCAAAACAAUAUUCUAAAUUUCAAAGAAUUCCAAUGAAAAUUGCAGCAAUUACACUAUAGAGUAUACUUACUUGGGAUUCUGCUGGAAAUUCUUAGAACUACACUACAAAUUCCAUAACUGUUACUGAAAUGUUCAAAAUUUUUAAGAGAAAUUCAAAUAAUUGUGAGAAAAUUCAAAGACAUUGGAGAUACUUAGAAAAACAUUUCUUUAAAGAUUUUAUUUCGGAAAAUUUUCCAGAUUUUCUAUAAGUCACUGACUGGUAGAUUACAGAAAAAAUCCCUUUUAAAAAUCGGUUUAAGUUUCUCAAAGUAUGUCUUUGGAGGAUUCUUACAAAAAUCCCUUCAAGAAUUUAAAAGUUUCUCGUGCAAAAUCCAAUUUGUUUUCAGAAUUUUUUUUGCGAACAUCGUUUCCGGAAUAAGGUAAUGUCAGAAACGGUGUUUGCAAAAGAAAUUCUGGAAACAAAUUUGACUUUGCACGAAAAACUUUUAAAUUCUUGAAGAGAUUUUUGUAAGAAUCUUCCAAAGACAUACUUUGAGAAACUUUAACCGAUUUUUAAAAAGGUUUUUGUCCAGUUAUCUUCCAGUAACUCAUCUGACAAUUUCACUACAAAUUGCUGCAAGGAAACUCCAUGGUUACUUUACAGGUAUUUCCAAAUAAAUCUCUUAAAAAUUUUGAUGAUGCAUGUUGGGAAAAUCCUGUCUUCAUAAAAUUCCAAGAAUUUGGGAACCCCCUUAUGGUAAUUCAUACAUAAGGACCUCGAUCAUAUCAUCAGAAGAAAUCUUUAAAAGAAUUCUGGGGAUGCAACUUGAAGGAGAUUCUAGCUAUUUUUUCAUGAAUUUCUGGAUGGAUUGUUUUUUUUUAAUCCGUUAUAAUUUGGAUCUUACAUCUAUGAUCUCCAUAUGAGUUCAUGAAAACAAAUGAUGAACAGUAUACAAGUUAAAAUUCCAGAGCUCGACUUUGAAACCCACGCACCAUCACACCGAAUUGCUUCACCUCCCCUGAAAACCCAACGUUCUUACACGGCAAUCCUCCUCAAUCCAGUUCGGUGACAAAGCGCGCAAUCUGUUGGAUUAGGGAUUUCCUUUCACAAAGUCAUUUGCCUGAGAUUGUUGGUUGAAGCAUCUUCCCGGACCGCCUUCGUCGCCCAUAUCCCACACCCGACGCUUUCCAGGCUUCGCCGAUUUCGAAACGAUUUGCAACAAAACAGAAACCGGAUUAUGUCUGAGUCUGCCGGUUCUAUUUUCCAUCUGAAAGGACUCUAGCUAUACAUAGGAGGGAAUCCACUUUGGGGAAACGAAUUCGAUUCGAAAUUCGUAAAACGGUGAAACGUGUCCUGGGCUCUAUUACACAACAGAACCGUGUAGUGUAGGUAGGCGAGGAUGCGAUGGAGAUGGGACUGCCAGGCGUAAGCAGUUACUUUGCAUAACUUUAGGCGCUCGCAGUUCGUUUUGAAUGCGGGUGGAUCCUAAAAGUAUGCAAAUGGGAUGGCAUCUUAAUGAUAGGGCCUUCCACGCGCUGGGUUCAGAAUCGGAGCGUGUUGCAAUGUACUCUAAACUCUAUUUGCUGCGGUCUGUAGCUCCGUUGCUGCUUUUGUGGAACGUGAUUCGGUCACCCACUAAAACACGGAACGUUGACUCCACACCGCACAGCUAGCGAUUCCCAUGAUACGGGACGACCUGACUGACUCCGGGCCCUGGCAGGCAGACCGACAAUGAAUACAAUGACAAUGACCAAGUUCUCGAUGGAGAUACCACGGACCUGCUGGCUGCUGCUGCUACUUCCGACCCAAUCCGGAGUGGGAAGUGAACAAGUGGAAAGAAAUAAACUGCCACACAACAUGUCCGUCCGUCCAUCGGAGCAAGGGCCAAUAACGGGAAUCGUUAUUACACGAUUUCCCCGCGGAGGAUCGCGGUUGACGAGGCGCGCGGCGGUGGUCGGUGAGAAGUUGCCAAGUAAUUCCUGCCCUGUUCUACAUCGGCAACACAUCUAAUACGAAAACACAGAGCCAUUAUUUAAAAUCGCACAGCGCAACGUGUUUUUUCGCCUACGACGAAGGCUUCCUCUGGUUUCUGCUCCUCCACUGACUGAGUUGGAUUGGAGCUGAAGAGCGAGGCCGGAGGGCCGGUCAUCCAACCGACCGACCGACCGAACCACACAAUGUACAGCUAUUCGAAAGGGCUAGUUUUCUACCAGUUGCCUGCCUGCAUGCUUGGUUUUGUAUCUCCUAUUUUGCUACAAUGCACUUGCAGCAGCUGUAAAUGGUUGCAACGGUGUUGUUGUUGCUGUUGCCGUUGCGUUGUGCUCUCGCUUCAGAAAAGGAAAUUAAAUUUUAUAUCUUCCGACUAUCUGGAGGAGAGCUUCGGUUCGCUUUCAGCAGUUGAGUUGAGCAACAAUCACCUUUCAGAAAAGCAUUCUGGUCACUGGCGUAACUGAAAGGCAGCGAGAGGUACCAAGCAAUAUGGUGCAUAAUGUUUCAUAUGAUUGAAUGAAUUCUUGAAAAAAAGCCCUUCAAAAAUCAUUACCAGUAAUAAUCCUUGUGAUUUCUAGGAGAUUUCAAGCAGAAAUUAAAAAGAAAUAUCGACAGAUCAAUUUCAAAAAUAUCUGUGAAAAUUCUCGUAAUUUCUAUCAAAAUUUUAGGAAUUUACAACAUAUAUAAUUGAAAUUAACAAACUUGCAUUAGAACCUCCAUGAAUUUUAUGUAAAAUUCAUGGGAUAUCUUUAAAGAUGUGGUUAUUUGCGGAAAUUCAGUAAAAUCUAUAAAUAUUCAGCAAAUUUGUUUAAAUUUUGAGAAUUGUAUUUUCAAUUUUUAGAAUAAUAUUUAAUAUUGUAAAGUGUGUCAAUCCAUGAGGGAAAACCCGUAUAUCCGGAAUCUCCAGGAACAAUUUGGAAAAUACGCGAGAAUUUGUAAGACGCAUUGGAAUAAACAUAUUUGAUGCUGCCUGUAUUAAUAAUAAGCAAGUCUUGAAUAGACUGAAAGCAAUAUUAACAGAGUUGAUGGAAUGCCGGUAGACUAGAUCUAGUUUCUCAGGUGCAAAACAUUCUCGGAAGGCGAAAUGACAUCUGUUUGUUGUCGGUUGUUCCUAGCUACGAAGUUUUUCAUUCUAGUGUGCAUUACAAAUUGGUUCUUGAAUUCGAUCUCUCUUUAUCUUGAUGGUCCCUUCAAUAUCGAGAUGUAGAAAAUCAACUGUAUUAUUGAAAUUUGGCAAUUUUUUCAUUAGAUCAAUUCAAACUUUACUUAAUUGUUGCAAAGAACUAUAUUUGCUAAAUUUCUGUUGAAGUAUUUGUCUACUAACAAAUUGUGCUUCAGUAAUUUAAAAUUUAGGAAUAAUAGUUUCAAGUUGUGAAAAGAAAAAUUUUGCAUUUUUUAAAUAUUUUUUCAUCAAUGUUUUUUUUUCGAAAUUAGUUGGAUAUGACCGCUGGUCUGAGAUUUUUCGCUGGAUUUUAAAGUCAAAGUGUUAGCUCAUAACGCGGGGUUUUAACUACCUUUAUGCAAUUCAGUAUCAUAAUUUCAAUUUUAUAUAACUCAUUUCAGUAACAUAAUGGCCAAUUUUCCGAACUGGUUCAUUAUGCAACUGAAAUGAGUUGCAUAAUGAAAAAUAGUUGUAUAAUGUUCAUAAUGCAACUCAUUUGAGUUUAUUUUAUUUUUAUUUGAAACUUUGAAGGAAUUUGGUAAACUUUUGUGGAUUUCAAUUAUUCUUUGCAAAAAAUCAGUCGUCUGGCCGUGUUGAGGCCAUCAGCCAGCUACCGGGGUGUUUGCAUUCCACUGAAUGGCAGACGACGAUUCCACAUCGCAUCACUUGCUGGUCCAGCUUUGAGAUCGACAUUAACCCUCUACAGGAAACCUUAAAUGAUGAUCCAUUUCGGAAACCUGGGGUCCAUUUGGACCCCAAAUUUGAUCUUCUGUAUCUUAUGAUCCUGACUUAUUAGAAGAUCGGUGUCUUCAGCAAAAUUGUUGGGUUGGUCAAGGACUUACAGAUGCUGCACUGUUUAAUUCGGAAUUUCAUAUAUAGGUGGCGCUAGUGAGCAUGUAAGUUUUAAGUAUUUGAGCACAUAUAUAUCAAGAUCAUGACCACAUAGAAAUUUGGUGUCUUCAGCAAAGUUGUUUAUUAGGUAAAGUGUUAACGAAUGAUGGACCGUUUGUUUGAAAUUUUCACACAUAGAUGGCGCUACUAAGCGUGCAAAUUUUAUAUUAAUAUAUCUCAGGAUCCGUUUGAUCCGGAACUUCACACAUAGGUGGCCCAUAAACUGUUAGUUCUCGACCAGCGUAACAGUAUUGCCGAACACACCAAUACUCUAAGUAUUCAAAACCCUGAGACAUAUGGGUGAGAAAUUGUGUCAGUGUUAUGUCUGUUUGUCUCUGAUAUUUUAAGAUGUGAUGUCUCUUAGCUUUUUCUGGGAUCCACUGGUAUGCGUUUGGUUCAUCAAAAUAUUUGAACAGUCCCCUGUGAACACUCUGCGUGUGCACUGUGUGGUGUUUUUUUUUGAGUGCGUGCAGAAAUUGUGCACUGGGAUUAUGCACAUACAAAUAGACGUCUCACUCUACUCACUUUUCAUCGUUACCAUUUUUAACGGUUAGUUCAAAUAUUUUGUAGUUCGCAAAUCACUCGAUCACGGCGCUCGUAUCGUUUUUACUCCUGUUUGACGUGUGCUCACUACCGCCACCUACUGAGUGGUUUGCGUAACAUAGCUUGGUUAGCAUUGGGCGAUUAUGUUUUCGUGACGAUGACUUUUAUCACAAUUUGUUCCAAGUGAUACAUCUGUUUGUCUGUGGAUUAUGACUAGCUGGCUCUCACUGCUCUCACGCAGAAGUCUAGUCACCCGUACACAAACUCUGCAUGAGAGCAAUUUUAUGUUUUUGACUAUGCGUUUUCUUCUCUUUUUUAGAAUCUUGCGCUAUAUGAGAUAUACAAAUUGCAUGCUUACUGACGUUACCUAUGAGUCAAAUGACUCAUCAUUUAUAAGUUCUUGCAACUUAAUUGCAGAAUCUUAUUUUUUUUUCUAAAUAAUCUGAAACCUGAUGCAUAAAUGAUUCAAAAAGUGUAUGCUCACUAGCGUCAUCUAGUGACAGAGGUUCGAUUCAAGCGAUCCAUUAUCUAUCUGUAAAUUCUGGCCUACCAAACAUCUUUGCUAAAGAUAAGAGACGAUAAGAGUGUUAUUAGGAUCCUGGGUUAUUUGAAGUAUACAAUUGGCAUACUCAGUGGUGCUACCUAUGUGGUGAUUUCCGGUACAAAUUUUGCGUCAUCUGUAAGUUCUUGACCUAUGAAACAACUUUGCCGAACACACCAUCUUUUUAUGUGAUCAGGAUCCUGAGAUAUAAGAGAUGUUCAUUUGAAUGCUCACUAGCGCCACCUAUGAGUAGAGUUUCAAAUCAAACGGCCCAUCGUCUGGAAGUACUUGACCAACACAACAACUUUCUCGAGGACGUCAUCUUUCUAAGUGAUAAGGAUCCAGUGAUAUAUAUGACAUAUUAUGAGAUACAAAAUUUACGUGCACACUAGCACCACCUAGUGGUGGAAUUUCAAAUCAAUCGAUCUAUUAUCUGUAAACGCUCGACUUACUGAGCAACUUUCCCGAAGACGUGACACUUCUACAAGCUCUAGAUCUUCCGAUAAUUUCGUUUUAAGACAUUAUACUACUAAACUGUUAAUUUCAAAUAGCGCCAUCUAGUGGGUAAAUUUCGAAUUAACCAAUUCACCGUCAGAUGGCGCUUGACCUACCGAACAAAUUUGACCAAGACAUAAAUAUUCUAAAACAACAGAAUAAAAAGAUAUAGAGAAUUCAAUUUGGGGUCCAAAUGGACCCCAGGUAUACAAAAUCACCCGGUUCAACUUUGACUUGGAAUAAAAAUCAAAGUAUGCCAUGAAAUCACCUUUUUUUUGCUUAAAUAAUAGAACUAGGUCUAGUUUGAAGGUAUUGCAAAAAUAAAGUGAAUAUGUUUUACCAAGCUUGCUUGCCAUUACUCCAAAGUUGCCUGGGGUCCAAAUGGACCCCAGGUAUCCAUUAGAGGGUUAAAGACAAUUAAUUAUCUAUUUACUUUUCAUUCUUAUGAUUGUCUGACACUUCUAAUGCAUUAUGUCAAACACAAUACCUUUUGUAUAUUAUACCUUUUGUACCAUAUCUUGCAUACAAUAUGUCCACACAAUAAUGUACUACUAAAACAAUUUCUGUAGGCACAAUCGGGGAAACGGGGUAUAAAUAGGACAUCCUCAAGUGUAUCGAGAUAGUUUCAAAUAAAACGUAAAAUGGAGAACAUUUUCUCUUCGUAUUUAAUCCCUCCGGAUAGUAUCCGCGGGAACAGGCCGUUUCGUAAGCUUCGGAGUGUGGGCUCCAUUCCUGCUCCAGCCGGUGAAAACUUUUCGUCAAACGGAAAAUUCUCCACUGGACCAUUGGGUGUUUCGUUUGUUGUCCAUUGUCUAACGUUAGUGUUCGUUCAGUCUGUGCAACCUCUGGUUGAAGACUGGCUGUACACUCAAUUUACAGAUUUCUGGAUGAUUUCCCGAACUAGGUUUUAAAGGUCUAGUUUUGAAAGUCCUGGAGGUAGCUCCCUGCAAAUGUUAUUUCUGGCAAAAAAAAAACCUUGAGACUGUAAGCACGAACUGGAAAUUAAAUUAUUGGCUAAAAAUUCUAGCAAUUCCUGUAGGACUUUCGGCGAGAUUCUUAGAUGAACUUAGUGGAACUUUAUAUGUCAUAUUUUAUAUGUAUAUCUAAACCUAUAGAAGACUGAACUCUUUGGCAAAAGUCAAAGAGAAAUGUCCUGAGGAAUGUCUGACGGAAUUGAUAGAAAAGUCACGCCAGUACAUAAUAUGUGGAAAAAAUUUGGGAAAAAUUUCUUGAAAAAAAUUGGAGAGGGAGAAUACAGAAUAAAUUGAAGUGGAUUCCCCAAAGAAGCUUAUGGCAGAUUGGCAAAUGAAACUCCUGGAGGAAUAUCUGAUGGAAUCUUCUAAGAAAAUUCUAAUAGAUUUUUUUAACACAUUGUUAUCAGAAUCUGCAGAGGAGUUUUCAACGGAAUCAAAGUUUGUUUGGAAUUGUUUCACAGUUUUCCUGAAAAAUGUGACUAAUGCUUCCAUCUGGAAGAAUACCCACAAAAGCUUUUCGAAGUAUUUAUCGCUGAUAUUUUUACAGUUCUGAAAACAAUAUCAGGUAAAACUUUUUUUAAGAAACUACAUGUAAUUUUUAGUAAAAUCCGCUAGAACUGUGGAUUGAGCUGGGGAGUUUCUAAUAAAAUUUGAAGUUGAAAAAGUCUGGUGAAAUUCUCGAGUUUUCCGGAAAAAAAGUUUUUUUUUAUUCAUUUUUAUUCAUGAAUUUUAAUUACAGCUAUUUUUUU